AUGUCUCGCUCAGCAGCCGACGCAACUCGCUUCACGGCCACAGGGCCGUACGUCAGCUCCAAAGCUCCAUACCAACUUCCAGAAUCCUUGAAAUCGAAUAAACAAUCAACAACUUCGCCCACAUCGCCAUCUUCAGUAUCCUAUACUUCUCCCAAUAAUCAGAACGCAUCCUCAUCACCGUCCGGCGAAACACCAAGAGAGAAAGUUGAGCGUCUCCGUGCUCAAGCGCGCGCCGCCAGACUUGCGCAGAACGGGAAUGCAUUCGAUAGGAUAAUUGAAAAGGGUCGGAGGGUGGCUAAUAGUGCUCACAAGGUGAUGAUAUAUACCCUCAUCACUGCUUCCGGCGUCUGCGGCGCUCUGACACUCUACUCCGUCGUAUCCCUUACAAUGUGGAAUCGCCGUCAACGCGAACUCUGGCUCGACAGACAACUACAAGACCUCCAAGCCGCGCGCGAAGCAUACGUCAAGGGAACAGCAACUCCCGAACAACUCGAGAUUCUCCGCAACGAGAAAAUCGGCGAAAUCGAAAAGCAGAAGAGGAAAGAGGCUGAUGAACAGAAAUUGUGGAAUCGGGCGAAACGGUUUUUGUUUGAUGGGUUGAAGAAGGAGGAUGUUUCGGAUGCAUCUGUAUCUACUGCAAGCGGUGCAGGCACGACGGCGGCGGUUAGUGAGUUGAUAAAUAAUAAGACUGCGAGCGAGCAGCAGACGACUUCGUUCGGGAUAUUGGAAGCCGUGAAUGCGAAGAAAGCUGAAUCCGCCCAGAAGCAUGCGGCGUCGACACAGCAACCUGGGUCAUUAGAUGUAUUGGCCAUGAACGCUGAGACGACAGCCAAACAAUCCGUUAAAAGCUGGACGAGCUGGAUCUGGGGACGAUGA